UAUUAGUCAAUCGCCUUCCCUGGUCGUCCUCUCUUUCCUAAAGCUGCACAGAAACCUCCUUCGCCGGUGAGUUGAUUUUGCUAUUCUCGUGUGAACUUGUUAGCGGAUGAACUUCUAGUCCAUUCGAAUUCCGACUCGAACUUGUUUGCAAUCCCAACCAAACACGCUUUCUCUUAGCAUUAUCUCUAGUUUCUUCCGUGUUUAGCAUUUUCAGUAGCGUUAGACUAGUUUUCUUUUUUUUCUUUUUCUUUUUCGUCGUGGUCGUGAUUACGAAUGUUCGUUUUAGCUCGUUGGAGAGAUACGAGUUCGUUAGAAUCUUAUCCGUCUUAAUCGAUUGUGCAUUUUCACAAUCUCUCCAAAGAAUCAAAUCAUAUAAUCCCUGGAUCUGAGAUAUUGAUGUCUUUCGUUAGCUUGAACCAAUUGAUGCCUCGUUAUCAAUCUGCAGGGUGACUUUCAGAUUGUUUGUUAAGGGAGUGAUGGAUCAGUACGAGAAAGUUGAGAAGAUUGGGGAAGGAACAUACGGUGUGGUUUAUAAGGCACGAGACAAAGUCACCAAUGAGACUAUUGCUUUGAAGAAGAUCCGCCUCGAGCAGGAGGAUGAAGGUGUACCUAGUACUGCUAUUCGAGAAAUCUCCCUCUUGAAAGAGAUGCAGCACAGCAACAUUGUCAAGUUGCAGGAUGUAGUGCACAGUGAGAGGCGUUUGUAUCUGGUGUUUGAGUAUCUUGACUUGGAUCUCAAGAAGCACAUGGACUCAUCUCUUGAUUUCUCCAAGGAUCUACACAUGAUCAAAGCUUAUCUUUACCAGAUUCUUCGUGGAAUUGCGUAUUGCCACUCUCACAGGGUUCUCCACCGUGAUCUGAAGCCACAGAAUUUGUUGAUUGAUCGCCGCACUAACUCACUAAAGCUUGCAGAUUUUGGACUGGCCAGAGCAUUCGGUAUCCCCGUCAGAACAUUUACUCAUGAGGUGGUUACUCUCUGGUACCGAACACCAGAGAUACUCCUAGGGUCUCAUCAUUACUCUACACCCGUUGAUAUUUGGUCUGUGGGAUGCAUAUUUGCGGAGAUGAUCACCCAAAAGCCCUUAUUUCCUGGAGACUCCAAGAUUGAUCAACUCUUCAAGAUUUUCAGAAUCAUGGGAAAUCCAUACGAGGAUACAUGGCCUGGGGUAACUUCGCUGCCGGAUUACAAAUCUGCUUUCCCUAAAUGGAAGCAAACGGGCUUAGAGUCCUUUGUUCCAAAUCUGGAUCCCAAUGGAAUAGAUCUCCUCUAUAAAAUGCUAUUAAUGGAUCCGACCAAAAGAAUCAACGCAGGAGCUGCCUUGGAGCAUGAUUACUUCAAGGAUCUUGGCGUUAUGCCUUAGAAAAGGCUACAGAACCAGUAAUCCCCUUCAUCCACUUUAUAAUUAUCUUUCAAUCCUUUGUUAAUCCUAAGAAGACGAAGUAUGAUACAUUAAUGGUUUUUGUUUAUUCUUUUCUUUUAGUUCUUAUUCUAGUCAGAAAAAAGAAGAUUUCGAGUGUGCUUUUGUUUUGUUCUUCUAAGCUUUUGAGAUCAUUUUCUUGUGUAUCCUUUUACCAAGUUCAGUAUUAUCCUAUAUAUGGUUUUAUUUUUAAAAA